CCAUGUUGUGUCGCCAUGUUCCACAGCAGCACCCAGUGCCGGCACUGGACCUUCCGCAGCGAGGAGGAGCUGUCCCGGCGCCGGGCCGAGGCGAACCGCCGGGCACGGGGCAGGGCCGCGGCCAGCGGGAAGGUGCCACAGGGCGAGGCGGUGCUCCUGGAGCUGCACGAAGAACUGGCGAUAUGCAAAUACUACGAGAAGCGGCUGUUGGAUUUCUGCGCCGUGUUCAAGCCGGCGAUGCCGCGGUCCGUGGUGGGAACAGCUUGCAUGUAUUUCAAACGCUUUUACCUCAACAACUCAGUGAUGGAGUAUCAUCCUCGGAUAAUAAUGCUAACCUGUGCAUUUUUGGCCUGUAAAGUAGAUGAAUUUAAUGUAUCCAGUGCACAGUUUGUUGGUAACCUUCGAGAAAGCCCUCUUGGACAGGAAAAAGCUCUUGAACAAAUACUGGAAUAUGAGCUGCUGCUUAUUCAGCAACUGAACUUCCAUCUCAUUGUGCACAAUCCAUACCGACCUUUUGAGGGAUUUCUAAUUGAUUUGAAGACUCGAUACCCGAUGCUGGAAAAUCCUGAAGUUUUGAGGAAAACAGCUGAUGACUUCCUCAGUCGAGUGGCUCUGACAGAUGCAUAUCUGCUCUUUACUCCCUCACAGAUAGCUCUCACUGCCAUAUUAUCUAGUGGUUCAAGAGCAGGAAUUAAUAUGGAAAGCUAUUUAUCAGAAAGUCUUAUGCUGAAAGAAAACAGAUCAAUCUUAUCCAGACUACUAGAUGACAUGAAAUGCAUGAAAAAUCUCAUCAAGAAAUAUGAACUGCCGAGGGCUGAAGAGGUUGCUGCUCUAAAACAGAAAUUAGAGAAGUGUCACACCUUUGAGCUUGCACUUAGUACAAACCUGAAGAGUGGACUGAUGAUGAUCUCGUGGAUUCUGCAUUACCUUAAAGGAAAAUGGACUCGUAUGCCUCCAGGAAUGAGUCUGGAGUCAGGUCUGAUCCUACCUGCCACAGGUUCCUUAUCUUCUGUGUCAUACAGCUCUUGUGCUUUUCAUCUUGGCAAUAAAGCCUAUUAUUUUACUAAAAUAAAAUUAGUUGUGGUUCCAUUAAACCCUCAUCCCUAACGGGUCAAAUAUUAACAAGAAAUACUUGCUUUUAGAAAUCUGUCCCUUGUUUCUGGUUUGGGAACAGUUUGCUGUGGAUGAAGUGUAGGGUUAGAGCGUGACAGCCACUACUUUGCUUCUUUUUCAUAUACCCUGUUCGAAUAUAAACAGUUCUACAAUACACACACUUAAAUGCAGCUUUGGGGGUUGCCCAGUUUCAUUCUCUGCUGCAUUUUGUAUGGAAGCGGUAGAUCAGCCAGGCACCUCUGUACUCCAGCAUUUUUUACUAUGUCGUAGUGCCUACACCCAGCCACCUCAAUCCACAAAAUAAUCCAUUUUAUAUACUCUCUUAAGAUCUAGGUGGGGCAGAAUGAUAGUUAAUUACUUAGACUCCUCUCCGAUGCAGUUUAAUACAGACUUCACAGGGUUAUGGGAAAAAUAAAAAAAAAAAAAAGACUUCUAUAGUACCGAGGUCUUAUAAACAGGUGUGUUGUUACUAUGAAGAGCAUCACCUGUGCCUGCUGAGUGCAGUACUUGCGACACUUGGGAGCUCUCAGCUGCAGCACUGGACUCUCAUUUCAAGGAAGCAGUUCCAGCUGGACACCAGGGCAGCACAGCAGAGCCACUAUACUACUACAGCAAAAACAUGAAAGUAAACUCUCUGUGAUUUCAUGUGACAAGGAACUGAAAAAGCAGUUCUGACAGACAGGAGAAGCAGCAGUGUUGGUGUUCUAAUGGUGUAUCAACAGCAAUCACUUUAAUAAUUUUAUCAUACGAAUAUCUCAGUCUU